GAAACAGGUGCUGCAUUCAAAAAGAUUUGGCAAGAGCGAGAAAGAAGGGGCAGCUGAAAAUAAUGGAUUUAUAUCAAUCGAUGCUGUUCUUUGAUCAUGCACCUGAUAUACACCGUGAUUGUCAGCACAGAAAAUUUAUAAUAUACGCAACGUAAACAUAUAGACUUUUAAUACUGUAUAUCGGAAAAAUGUGGCCCUCGUCUCUAUUGCACUCUUUAGUCGAUCAAUUGACUAGCGAGUGCAUUUUUGUUCGGCUUUAAGAUUGUCGUUAUUGCGCACGUCUAUAAAUCGCGUUUAUUUUUAGCCUCGCUCUCGCUCUCGCUCUGGCAUCUGACUCUGGUUCUGGUUCUGGACUCUGGGUCAUUCAAAAUUUUCAUAAAUACUCUCGCCUUUCCCUCCUUUCCGCCCCCGCCUUAUCGUUCGACCGUGUCUCUAUAUCUAUACGUAUCUAUAUAUACAAUACACAAUACACAUUACAGACAAAGGCAAGAGGCAACAGGAUCUCGCCCGACGACGAACUGCAAGCCGCGUGCCGCUAACCGCGAGCGAUCAUACGACACUCGCGAGUCGCGACUCGCGCAACAUAUUCCGACCUGCGCCGACUCCCCAAGUUCGAUGUAAACAUACAAGUGAAAGUAAACAUUGUAAACAGAGCGGCAGUAAACGAAGGAAGGAGGAAGGAGGCAUGCGAAUACGACAGACUUUCGCGAUCCGGCUAUUCUAAUAUCCCUGUGAAAUAUAUUACACGUGUUCCGCGACGCGAGCUCUCUUCUCUCUCAAUAAUCGUCGAUCCAGUGUCCAGUUCGUCCAUUGUAUGUUUCUAGCACGUACGUUGUUAGAGACUGAAGCUUGAGAGACUCGAGGCUCAUCUCCUCGGCUUUCCUAUAUAUCGAUCAUUUGCGAAACGGCAACUUCUUCAAACGGAUGAUCGCACAGCAUCGAUAGCUCGUCAUCUCGUCUUCAUCAUUUUCCUAUUCUUUCUUAUCCUGCGUCUCUUUCGGAAAAUCGGCCGACGAGUAUUAGUCGUCAAAGAUCAAGUCGCGCGAACGAGACUAAAUGAGAUCCGAGUGGAACGAGAACGAGUGAACGAGAGCGAGAGCGCGAUAAUCGCUUCGGCAUCGGCAAUAUCGGUAUUAUUCUACGCUUCUAUAUGAGCGAGGCAUCAGCUGUUUGACCAGUAGUUUGAUCAAGAAUCUCCAGACAAAUUCAAAAGGAGAGGAAAAACGGAUAAUUUGCCGAGAUUUCGAUCGAGUGGUGUGAGUGUAUGGGUGGCGGACUGCGCAAUUCCGAUCUCUGAAAAAAGAAAAAAAAGCACUCCUCUUUUUGCUCAUUCUCCUUGUCUAGUCGAAAGAUGCACAUCACCUGCAAGUGCCUGAACGUGUCCAUUAGAUCCAGGAGUACCGAACUGCAGCGGCUUAAUAUCGAUAAUGUCGAGAUGACCGAUCUGGAACGCGCCGAUGCCUUCUUUCGCGAGGAUUUAGCCAGUGUAUCGGAACUGGAGACUAUUACUAAAGAACAACCUGGCUUAGUGGAAAUAAGAAAUAUUGGAUCAUGGAUCAUACAUCGUUGUUAUAAUUGCUCAAUUUAUACUCAUGCUGUCCACAGGGAACAUGGUGCCGCUUUAGUCCUUAUUAAUAGCAAUAUCGUUUUAUCUCCUGAAGAAAUAAAUAAAUUAAAGUCAAAUCCAGAUUACAGCUCAGUGUUUAGGAUAGUAAUUAAUCACAAUUUGGAAGAUCUUGAUGACUAUCUACAACAACCUAAUAAAUUUUCUGGUGGAUUGCAACAACAGUUGGAGGAAGCUGUACAACGUCAAACAGUAGCAAUAGAAGAGAAAAUAUGUGCAUUUUCUGCAGAGCAAUAUCGGCUAUUGGAACAAUUUCGCGAAAGAGCACACAACGAACAUCGAUUGUUAUCAAAAUUAGUGUGUAGAAGAGAAGAGACAAAUAGGAUAACCAAUGAUAUAGAGACUUCACCAAUGAUUCCUGACAACUUUAAGAAUACUUUAACUACCUCUACAGUUAAUACAGUUAAUCCCAAAUCCAAUUUAAUAUUCAAUGAUAUGAAAAUUUCCACUGAUUCAAAUAUUAAACAUGAGAUAACUACUAAACAUUCUUCUAAAAGUUCUACUAAUAACGAAAAUACAAAAAAGAAAAAUCCAUUGUAUAUUUAUACUAAGGAAUCAGCUAGUUUCGAUACAGAAGCAUUGUUUCCUUUCGAGGGAAUAGAAGAUACAGAUGCAGCUAAUCAAUUACAUCAAUGGUCUUCAGAAGAGGGAUCCGAUACCGAUGAUUCAAGCCAAAAUGAAGGAAUUCAUAUGCCAAGGGGUCAACGAGAUGGUCACUCCACCUUGGCUAAAUCACUACCAGUCACUGUACCUGCUUUUCCAUCUAUUGUUCAUCGUGCAGUACAAGACCAAAGUGAUGAUCAGUUGCCAACCGAUCCAUUAGAUCCGCAUAAUAUUCGAGCUUCGAUUAAAGCCUUAGCUAAAAGCGUCCAUGGUGAUACAGUGUUUGGAGACUUACCACGUCCCAGGUUUUCUACACAGAUCUGACUUGUCAUAUAUGAUGAAAAAGAAGAUCCACUUGACACUUUUUAGUGUUUUUGAUACAAUAUAUCAUAAUCCCUAUCAUCCGUCAUUUGUCUUUCAUACAAAGAUUACAAGAGGUUUAUGUAUACACACUUGGAAUAAAUGUGAUUGGUUUUACAGAAGUACAGAACACUCCAUUUGUAUUUUGUAGAAAUUCGAGAUUAUACGCUUUAACUAUUUUGGUUAGAUCUAAAUUUACUAUGAUGAUGCUAAUCUAUUAAAAAAAAUAUUUUUUAUCAAAAUUGGAAGCUAUACUUGCAGAAAAAUGAUUUGUAUCUAAUAGAUAGAAAAAGAUAUGCAUUCAAAAAUCUAAAUGCGCCUAUAACAACUUAAAAUUUUAUCAUUUAUUCCAAUAUAUAAAUUUAAUUAUUAGUGUGUUUGUUUAUGUACUGUAUACAGCAGACUGAAUUUUAUUAUAAUUACUUCAUGUUGCAACUUAAAGGCUAUAUUUAACUUAUAUAGUGCAGUAAUUUAUAAUAAAUAAUUAUAUUUAUUAUAUUAUAAUUAUAUUAUAUUAUAAUUACAUUGCACUAUAUAUUGCAUUGCUAAUAUUUAUAAUGCUUAUAUUGUUAUAAGCAUUUUACAGCAAUAUAUUUUUUCUUAUUGUGUUUUGAAAAUUAAAGGACUAUUGAUAAAUGCAGAAAUGGUGUCAAUUAUACAUAUAAACAUACAAAUACUUAAUAAAGAGAAUUGUAUAAUUAUUAUAAUGUGUAUGUAUAUGAAAAGAGGCACAGUGUAAGUGUGUAAUUAUAAUUAUAUAUAAUAGCAGAAAGAUUUAGAUUCCUCGUGUAAUUUCUUACAUAGAAAUUAAGAUUUAAAACAAAUUAUUGUUAAAAAUGAUGUUAAUUUUUCUCUAAUAACAUUACUUAUUUUAGUAUAAAAUAUAGCUGAUAUUUUUUUGCUGCAAUUUAACACAUUUUUAAAAUUAAAUAAUAUUAAAUUUAAAAUUAUGCUGUGCAAAAAAGAAUAUCUCUCUUUUUUUAUAUUUGAUGUAAAAUGCAACAUCCUGCUUUUAGCAAAAAUAAAGUAAGGUAUUUCAUG